AUGUGCAUGGUAGUCGCGAAAGGCGUAAUAGCACGUUUCAGCGGUAGCGUGCACAACCUGGGCCGCUGGAGAAGCUGGCUUGUCUCGCGGACAGCUCUGUUUCGUCCGUUUUCACUUCGAGGCGAACGGGCGCUGCUAGCAGAUCCCCGAUGCCAAAACGACAACGUUGCAGCUCCUCUUCUACCUGUUCAACUGAGCAGCUCUCAUCCAAGGGGCUUGCUUUCGGCAAACUUGGUGUAUCGGACAGCGCGAUUUAUUUGCACGAAACAGUGUUUGCCAGCGACGGCAGCAGAACCGCCUGUACAGCAGCAGCACCAGCAGCAGCAAGACGGCAACGUUACCGAUUCUGCGUGUCAUAGGAAGUGCCUCAGUUUUCUGCAGGCCUGGAGCAUUCCCGAGUUCCCGGUAGUGUCCGGGACGCAGCUCGGGGCCUUCCAUGGAUGGCCGUUGCUCCUGAGAGCCCUCACACAUGCGUCUGCUCUGCCGCCACGUCUGUGUCCCCGCGAGUCCGGUGUGCUCACUGAUGCACAGCGCUGGGAGCGCUACCAGCUCCAUAAUGCUGCCUUAGAGUUUGUCGGGGACCGCGUCCUCAACCUUUGUGUCGUGGACUGGCUCGUAAGGACACAGCCGUGGAAAACUCAAGGUGCAGACACUGCGCUGUAUCGAGGCUCGAAUAUCAAAGAACGGUUGACGUUCUAUGUACAGCAAUAUGUGUAUAAUGCGCAUCUGACGGAUGUUGCAUAUCGAAUAGGACUUGAUCGUAUCGUCCGUCGAAGACUCCCUGCUGAAAAGGAGCACCCCGGACGCGGCACCGAGCUGGUGCUCGCCAACGCUUUCGAAGCCCUUGUUUGCGCGAUAUUUCUGGAACACGGUUUUCUCCAAGCACAGAAAUUUGUACGCCAAACAUUAUUUGAGGGGCCGGGUUCCUCGCUGAAACAGCCCAUGGGAGACUCGUGGCAUGCAGACACACGAUUUGCUGCGACGGACACAGCUCGGGUACGACAGGAGGCUGCUGCUCUGGACAGGAUGCGGCAGCCAGUUCUGCGACCCCCGCAUAAUAUACCGCUUUCUUCUCAUCCCAAGGAGGCUUUGGAAAAAGAGCUGUUGCUCUGGGGUCUGUGUAUCGGAGGUAAUCGCUCUGCCGGAGGUGAAGACCUUCGAACUAGAGCGCAGCAGCAAAAGAGGUCGGGAGUAUGUCUCUCCUACUGUCUAGAACAUGAGGAAAGGCGACUGAGCCAUCAUUCCCUAUAUAUGGUGCGUCUAGAGCUGUCAGGAGUGGUGGUCGCUCGCGGACGAGGUCGCUCGAUUCGCAGUGCAGAGAACGCAGCAGCGGCCGCUUUCCUGAAGGCACUCGGUCUGGACUGUGCAUCGUUUCGAACGCCAUAUGCCUCUGGGGAAGCGUUAUCCAGCCGAGAGAUUUGGAAACAGUUCCGCGACCUCAACGUGCCGCUUUGCAUCCCGGACAACUAUAAGCCCGCGUCUCCUUUCGACGAGGAUGCCGACUGGGCGACAAUCUUGCUCUGGAAUCGAGAACGCUUCGGGAGCGUCUCGCGACAAGAACAGAAAACACGCGCCAAGGCCGAAGAACGAGAGGAACGCUCUCCUGGUGAUGCUGUUUUUUGGCAUCAAGCUCUGGGAUUCGAUGAUUGGGCAAACGCCCGGCAAGUGCUGCCGUCUCUGUUGGCGCUGGUGCUUCCGAACGAGGGCCCCGAACCCGAGGCUGCCCGAACGGCGCUCGCUGCUGCGGAGCUGGUGGAACUCAAGUAUUUGGGACACUGCGGUUUGAAGCUUUUCGCAGCAAGCUCCAGUCUUCGGAUCUAUGGUCCGGGUGCAUGGUCGACGGGAGCCCUUCACGAUGACUACGUGCGAGCGAUUGCGUCAACAGCGGUAACGGGGCAGGCUGCGGAGCUGCUGAGACGUCUGCAGCGCGCCGGGGCCUGGCGGACGAGGCAGCGCCUCUCAGCAGCUGCGCAACGCGAACUGUUGCUAGCGUUCUUAGGAAUUGCACAGGUGCUGUUUGGUUACGAAAAAGGGCCGGAUUUACUUCUUAGAACUCUGGAUGAGGAGAAACGCGCGUCUACACCUGUCUCUUUCGACAGACCCCAUCUUUAG